AUGUCCACGUCUGUCACUCAAGGCAUCCCCGACGUCCCCGACGGACUCACGCUGUACACCGACAGCGACGGCUGCCCUUACGGGUGCUACGUCCGCGUGAGCCUGUCGGACGAGCUCGUCAUCAGCGGGACGGCCAACCAAGCCGACUUCGUGUACAAGAUGUACGACGAGCAGUGCAAGGGCGACUUCCAGAGCGGCAGCAACGAGAUCACAAGCUGCACGGGGGCGCCGACGACCGUGGUCAAGACGGAGUCAUACUACAACAGCACGGACGAGAGCUUCUGGUUCGACGCCGAGCUCUCGGGCACGGCCAAGGGCGAAGCCGCCAUCGACCGGUACAUGACUGUGCUGCGCGGGUCUGCGCUGGGCGCAGUACGCGAGACGGGCCAGUGGAACGACCUGUUUCCCUGUCGGGACGGAUUCCUCCCCAACGCAGACCCGGACAUGUCGGCCGGCUGCGAUCCUCACGAGAACAGAUACGGGUACAUGUCCUCCCGCGUCUCGGCCACCAUGUACGAUCUAGGCGAGGACGGGCUGGGCGGUAAGAACCUCAAGGGUGAGCUUGAGCUUAGCUUCUCCGUUCAGAAGACGGAGAAUGGCUUCUGCAACGCUCUACAGGAGUUUGGAUCCGCCCUCUCCAUCGCGCCCUUGGGCACGGGCAGCUCCACCGCCCUCGGCGUGGCGAACUACAUCGUUGGGCUGGCCUGCAGCUGA